AUGUUUGUCCAGCGAAGUGUUUUCGCCCUUGCCAGACGGACUCCGGUCCGAGCUGUUGCGAAGCGCUCUUUUUCUACGUCGUUCGUUCGAUUCGAAGCCAAGUCGAAAUGGGAUCCUCAACCUGGCGAAUCAGCUGGAAAGAUGGUUUCCUUCGAAGAGGCCAAAACCCCAUCAGACCUUCUUGCCCCCGGAGCGAAGCCCGGUACCGUUCCUACUGAUCUUGAGCAGUCCACGGGUUUGGAGCGAUUGGAACUUUUGGGCAAAAUGCAAGGAAUCGAUAUUUUCGACCAGAAGCCCCUCGAUGCUUCACGACUCGGAACCAUCCAGGACCCAAUUGUCGUCAAAUCCGCCGGAGAGGAACACUACGUCGGAUGCACUGGUUACCCAGCCGACUCUCACACUGUCAUCUGGCUGACUGUCUCCAAGGACCGGCCAGUUGAGCGUUGCUCUGAGUGCGGCAACACCAUCAAGAUGGACUACGUUGGUCCAAAGGAAGAUCCCCACGCCCACAGCCACGACCACCACGGCCCUUACGAACCAAAGACCUUCGCCGACUACGUCAAGCCUGAGUAUUGGUAUAGGUAA